UUUGUUAUUUCAUUAGUCAUUUAGAAAAAAGCUGACAUGCAGAAGCAAAUUUUGAUUUUCUAAUAUAAAAAUAGAAAAUAUCGAAUACGAAAAUAUUUUUUUCAAAACAGUUAUUUCAAAAGCGAAAAAGCGCUUGGUAUAAAAAAUAAAUAGAUUGCGAAUUUUUGAAGGCAGAAGCAAAAAAUGUUUGCCAAGCAUUUGUUGAAAGUGAGUAAGGUGCUGCGCGGUGCAACGCCACGCAACGCCAGCAAAGCGCCGAGUUCACCCUUCGCCGACGGUGGCAUCCAUAGCACCAUGAAUGACUUGCCCAUCCCGGAGGGUGAUUGGCAGGAGCAUUACAAUCGUCGCAAUCUGAAGAAUAGUGCGGUGCUCUUCGUCGGCAUUGGCUCGUUGAUUUCAUCGUUGUAUAUGCACUUUACGGAUGAGGUCAUUAAUUGGAACUACAAGGUGCCUGUCUAUGAUAGAUGCGUCUGAAGUGUGGAAAUGACUCAAUAAUUAAAUGAUAAAUCAAAGUUUUCAAAA